AUGGGCGGUAACACCUCCAGAGUCAUUCCCACAGGGGGGCUACGCGUGCAUCGUGUAUAUCCUAAUGGUCCCGCUGAAGAUGUUGGUUUCGAGAUUUUCUUCGACUACAUUAUGGAAGCCGAUCACAAUAGCUAUUCGGACGACUCGGAUGAGACCCUAAUGAGCUUUACGUCUUACAUUAGCAGUAAGGAGAACCAGGAAAUCUCGCUCAAUGUCUACAACGCACGCAAAAAGUCCCUUAGGAUUGUUAAAAUGACACCACGCAAAUGGGAUGGCGUAGGUCUUUUGGGGCUAUCAGUGCGAUUUGCGGAAUUCACAGCCAUGGACGAGGGGGCUCACGUACUCAAAGUGCACGAGGGUUCACCGGCUAGCAAAGCAGGACUCAUACCCAUAACGGACUAUCUGUUGGCAACAAACUUGCAGCUUUUCGUGGACAGCGACUGCGUCCGUGUGCACGUCGGUGAGCGUAUUAACGAGGAAGUGCCGCUCUAUGUAUACAACUCGAUCACUGAAAGCAUCCGCAAGACAGUCAUCACACCACGCAACGAUUGGGGUGGCGCAGGAACACUGGGAUGUGACUUAGCGAACGGAUACAUUCACCGCAUCCCACUGGUCAAGGGAAUCUAUAACGUUCCUUCCGAGGCACCAUCAGCGGACUACAACGACGGCAGCGGCGAGCUGACACUCGACCUGUCGACAGCAGGAUCAACAGUGGAAACCGCAAGUAACAUAGUAACGGAGGGGCAGUGUAACGUAAUAUCGCUAUCGAUUGAUUCUAGCGUUACAGAAGAUGAAGAAUCUCCCGAGGAACCCUACUUGCCCCCGUCCAUAGCUACUGUGCAGAAUAACUCCAGCUUGAUGGAAAACGACGAGCAUGACUCUUCGAACAGUGAAGAAAGUGACAGCGAAUCCAGCGACAGCGAUUCAAGCGAUGAUGGCAAAGAAACUCCUAAAGCCGAAAAGGCUUAA